UCCCUUGGCCAGGUGUCACAUAAAGGCCAGAGAAAUACGAAAGCUGUGAAGCAGACUGGGGAACUAGAAUGGAGUGGAAUCGGAGGAAACUUUUCACUAUAAUCUAUCUCAAUUUAACUCUAAUUCUCUUGAUAAGAAGCGCGAGAGCUUGGACCGGCGAAAUCCAUGGCAGAGUCGUUUGUGAUGUCUGCGGCGAUUCUACUGUUGGCCCUGAAGACCAUGUUUUGGAAGGAGCAGAGGUUGCCGUUCUUUGCAUAACAAAGUCCGGGGAAGUUCUAAACUAUCAGGCGUUCACAAACUCCAACGGGAUAUAUACAGUAGCGGAGACUAUGCCAGAGAGUGAUCGCUGGGAUGCAUGCCUAGCUCGACCCAUAAGCAGCUUCCAUGAACAAUGCACACACCUGAGAGAUGGCAGUUCGGGCGUUAAGUUCAGCUACAAUCACAAAUCAGGCUAUUCACAUACUGUCAAACCGUUUGUUUAUCAUCCCGCCAUCCUCCCAACCUACUGCAUAUGAUGAGUGCAAUUUCCUUGGUGGGUGGUUUUGGGAAAAUGGGGAUUUUUGGGUUGUGAUGGAAACUGUAAAUUUGUGGUAAUGCUCACCCUAUAAUAUAUGCCAGUCAUUUUGGUAUGCAUAAGUAUUUAUAAGUAUACUUUUCUUUGUACAUUUGAAAUCGAAUUUGGCCAGGUCAGGUAAAGUGUAAUAUUACAUUUAUUUUUUGGUAGGACCAUUAUUAUUUUUUGAUUGAAA